AACCUACCGGAUAUCCAUAUUAUCCACUAAGAACAAUUACGAACAAGCAGACGAAACAUUCGAAUUUUUUAUAACUCUAUAAACACUUGCUUGCAUUCAGCGAUUGUUCACACUAAAUUGCGAAUACUUUUGUUUUUAUUUUUGUUCCUACUCUUGCUAUUAUUCGUAAUAUUGUUGAAAAUUUAGUGUAAACGCCUCCUAAGAACAAGUCAAGAUAACACGUGUAUCCAUACCAAUAUGGCACCGCGCAGAGAACUCCGGUCUAACCUGAAUUCAAUAAAAACUUCAAAGAAAAGUACCAAGAAUUGGUACGAAAACUAUUUAGAAUGGGAAAAAUUCACUUCCUUAUUCACAGAUCCAAGAAAAUUAAUCAUAAUUGGAAGAGUGUUCAUUGUUUUGGAAAUCAUUUUAAAUGUUUUGGUUAUCGAGAAAGUACCAUACACAGAAAUUGACUGGAAGGCGUACAUGCAAGAAGUCGAGGGCUUUUUGAAUGGAACAUUGGACUACUCGAAAUUGCGAGGUGAUACUGGCCCAUUAGUCUAUCCUGCAGGAUUUGUUUACAUAUUUUCUAUGUUACACUUCAUCACAGGACAUGGAACAAACAUAAAAAUAGCACAGUACUUCUUUGCAGUUCUCUAUAUAAUAUUGCUCACCUUGGUUUUUCGCAUUUAUGCAAAAACUAAAAAAGUACCUCCAUAUGUUUUAAUUAUUAUGUGUUGUACAUCUUAUAGAGUUCAUUCUAUAUUUACUUUGAGACUUUUCAAUGAUCCAGUUGCAAUGGUGCUAUUGUUUGCUAGCCUCAAUGCAUUUCUGGAUAAUCAUUGGUAUUUAGGGAGCAUUUUUUAUAGCUUAGCAGUAUCUGUGAAAAUGAAUAUUUUGUUAUUUGCACCUGCACUUUUAAUUGCAUAUUUAUGUAAUUUAGGUUUAAUUAAGACAGCUGUACAUUUAUUUAUUUGUGCUUCCAUUCAGUUAAUAUUGGGUCUUCCUUUCUUGCUUAAUAAUCCACUUGCAUAUAUAAUAGGUGCUUUUAAUUUUGGAAGAGUUUUUGAAUUCAAAUGGACUGUAAAUUGGAGAUUUUUAUCAGAAAAUAUUUUUGUUCAUCCAUACUUUCAUAUAUUACUGUUAGUGUUACAUAUAUUAACUAUAAUUUACUUUGUACCAACAUGGAUUAAAUACAUGAAAUCAUAUGCAAAAUUAAAAUAUAUAGAAGAAAAUGUACAAUUACAACUAAAGAAGAAAGAAAAAGUAGAUAUGUCUAACAUGAGUCAGUUGUUUAUUUUCCCAUUUUUUGCUGCAAAUUUUAUCGGUAUAGUAUUUAGUAGAUCAUUGCAUUAUCAAUUUUAUAUAUGGUACUAUCAUACACUGCCUUACAUUGCAUGGUGCACAGAUUACAAAACUGUAAUAAAGUUGACUAUUUUGGGAGUAAUAGAGUUAUGUUGGAAUACUUAUCCAAGUACCAUUUUUAGUAGUAUUUCAUUACAUAUAUGCCAUUUAAUGUUAUUAUUUGGUUUCAUAAGAAAUAAGUUUAAGAAUGGAAAAGAAAAAUAAAAAUUUUAAUAUGA